GUUGAAAGGCAGGAGCAGAGCGGUGGAGGGGGCCCAGCUUGUCUUCCUGCUGGUCGUUGAUGCAGCGUUUUCGUCCCUUCUCCAACACAUUAUUGUUUGUUUCUCGCUCGGUGUGAUAUUUUUUACUCCAACCUUUGCUUCGCGAUGGCGGGGGCUAUUAUUGAAAAUAUGAGCACCAAAAAGUUGGUGAUAGUGGGAGUUAUUUUGCUUUUGUUUCAGGCGUUUGCCUUCAUGGUCGGCGGUUUAAUUGCUCCCAGCCCCACCACAGCGGUCCACUACUUGGCCACCAAGUGUGUGGACACAAUCAAGCACCGAGAGGAAACAAAAUGGUUCAUGCCUUGGGGACCUGACCAGUGCGACAAGAUCCGAACCUUUGAUGAGGCCAUGGCCAAGAAGAUUGAAGCCAACAACAUUGUAUUUGCUGUCCACAUUCCUCUGCCUAACAAGGAGAUGAGCCCCUGGUUCCAGUUUAUGCUCGUCAUCCUGCAGUUUGACAUUGCCUUUAAGAUGUACAACCAGAUAGAGGAUGGAGCGUUGGUCACCAUUGACGUGGGUCUGGCCUACAGAGAUGACACAGUCAGUGAGUGGACGGAGAUGGCACACUCUUUCGAACAGAGGAAACUCAGUUGCAACUUUACAACUGCCAAGACCUAUGAGAAUGAGGGACGUUAUUAUGAGUGUGACCUGAUGCCCUUCAUGGAGGUUGGCAGUGUGGCCCAUAAGUAUUAUCUUCUCAACAUCCGCUUGCCUGUCAACGAGCGCAAGAAGGUCAAUGUGGGGAUCGGAGAAAUCAAAGAUAUUCGUUUUGUUGGCAUCCACCAGAAUGGAGGCUUCACAAAAGUUUGGUUUGCCAUGAAGACGUUCCUCACACCCAGCAUCCUCAUCAUCAUGAUCUGGUACUGGAGACGUAUCACCCUUAUGAGCAGACCUCCUGUGCUGCUGGAGAAGGUCAUCUUUGCUCUGGGGAUCUCAAUGACAUUCAUCAACAUCCCAGUGGAGUGGUUUUCUAUCGGCUUCAACUGGACCUGGAUGCUGCUUUUCGGAGACAUCAGACAGGGCAUCUUCUACUCCAUGCUGCUCUCCUUCUGGAUCAUCUUCUGUGGGGAGCACCUCAUGGAUAUGCAGGUGUAUUCAACAUGGGUUCAAGGCAGUGGACAAGUGAAGCUGUGUCAGAGUUGUGUACCAUCCAUCAAAAUCUUCACUGAACUUGGCUGUCAACCAACAAAAAACUUGCAGGACCAGACAGAGAGGAACCGUUUCUCAGUCUACUGGAAGCAGGUUGGACCCAUCGUCUUUGGCUCCUUCUGCCUCUUUAUCUUUGACAUGUGUGAGAGAGGUGUCCAGCUGACAAACCCCUUCUACAGCAUCUGGGCGUCUGAUGUGGGAACUGAGCUGGCUAUGGCAUUCAUAAUCGUGGCGGGGAUUUGUGCCUGUCUCUACUUCCUCUUCCUCUGCUUCAUGGUUUUUCAAGUCUUCCGCAAUAUCAGUGGCAAGAGGACGUCGCUGCCUGCCAUGUCCAAGGCCAGACGCCUGCACUAUGAAGGUUUGAUUUUCAGGUUCAAGUUCCUCAUGUUGGUCACUUUGACCUGCGCUGCCAUGACCGUCAUCUUCUUCAUCAUCAGUCAGGUGAAUGAAGGUCACUGGCACUGGGGAGAUCACACAGUGCAGGUGAACAGCGCCUUCUUCACCGGUAUCUACGGCAUGUGGAACCUGUACGUCUUCGCAAUCAUGUUCCUCUACGCACCGUCUCACAAACGCUAUGGAGAUGAGCAGUCAAGUGGCCAGUGCAUCACUGGAGAUGCUGGAGCAAACAGUGGAGAGGACAUCCAGCUGACCACAACCAUCACCCACGUCGAUGGUCCCACUGAGAUCUACAAGAUGACUGGCAAGGAGGCCCAGGAAUAGAUUUCACACUGUUAUUGAGACUCCCUUCUAUUACCUACUGCUCCACUGAUUCCCUCCCUUAUGUGUGUAAUCAAAGGGGCUUUUUCUCUUUACAUUGCCUGGCCCUGAAACGGCAUCAACAGUCCACCAUGCAUGUACCUAGCAGUCCCACAGUUUCUGCCCUCUUCCCAGCACCAAACCCUCGUUUGUGUGAUUCUUACGUGCCAGCCUGUUCCCAAAGUCCCUAUUGUAUCUCUAAAGGCUGAAUAUUAUCAACAGUCCUAUCAGUCCUUUUCAUUUCAUGGUGGAAUUUUUUCUUACAUUUCAUACUCAUUGUAAACUAUGUUGUGUUUGUAAAUGUUGCACAACGCUUUUGACACACAAUCAGAUGCUGAGAAGCUGCUUUAUAAACAGUUGAGUUUCGAGUUUAAAGAAACCUGUUUCUUGCUGGUCAGAAGUCUCAUUUUGCAGCAGUCACACUCCUGUUCUCAAAUACAGUGUGGUUAAACUGAGUGGUUUGUUAAAGACCUGAGCUUUUGACAAAGGUGGACAGUAAAGGUUUGUGGAUACUAUAUAUCCACUUGGUUUUCAUUCUCUGCUUUAUUACCCGAUAUAAUCUCAGUCAAGGCAUUUAGAACCCGUCACGUAUACAUACUCUUCCAUAGAAAGUAGAGCAUGUGGAGUACUGCUGUCAAUCUUAGUCUUUCAAGUGGUGGAGUUUUUUUAUAUCAUGUACAGACCACAUACCUACUUUGGGAAAUGCAUACUGUACGUUCAUUAUGUUACAAUGUAGAUAUCUAUUUUUUAUAAAGUGCUUAUUUUCAACUUCACAAAAUAUAUGCUCUAUCAAUGUUUUUGAAGUUGACUGUAGCCGGUUACACAUGGUUCUUAGUUUGUUUUUUUUUUUGCUUUCUUUGCUAAUUUAAAUAAAAAAACAUUUUACUUAA